CCAGCCACGGCAGUCGGUGGAUUGAGCUGCGCGCUGCUACUCUCCCGGAGUCCGGAGCCAGUCGGCGUUUAUCCGUACACUUCCAACGCGGGUGUGCUAGCCAAGGAGCGUGAGGAAAGGGGAAGAACAUAACUGGCCGAGAGAGGAUAAAACAUUUAAAACACGGAAUCUUUUGUGUAUUUGGAGCCGGACUGGACAGUCACCCUCUGGCGUAAUAAUUCCGAUUUUGUUCUUCUGAGAGGGAGGGAAUUGGACUGGUAACAGAGGCAGGCUUUUCCGUAUACACAAAUGCAUACAUUUAAAUUAUCGCUUCAGUUUCAUUAAGUUGUUACAAGUAAUGUUUGAAUUUGCUUGAUAAAGAAUUGAGUUACACGAGAGUGACCACCACUGCGGAAGGGAAAAUAUCUUUUAAAAAAAACUGCUAAUUGUUUUUUUAAUCUGCACUACAGAAAUGUUCGCUUUCUGUGUAAUGCCAAAGUAUUCCAGUUAGAAAACAGAUUAAGAGGACACAAACACGAAUUGUUUGUAAAGCUCCGAAGGACAGAACCUCGCUGAUCUUUUUUGCAAAUGCUGCCGCAAACAAGAAUACAUUUUUUCACGGAUAUUUCUCUUCCCCAAAGGAAGUUCCUGCUUUACUAAGAUUUGCUUGUGGGUUAUUUUUCUUACGGCGGCGUAUGAUCUGUAGCCUACUAGCAACCAGUUUAGAGAAGACGUUCUGCAUUGACUGAGUAGCCUACACUGAGACAGAACGGGAAUCCUCGUUUUUCACCUCUGAAAAAAACGGGACAUUGGAUUAAAAACGGACAAUUAAACACUAAUUUAAAGACCAAAAAAGUGAGAACAUCCCUUCUUCGGUGGUCAUGUGUGACACAGCCUGAAUUACUGGUCCAUCAGCAUCGACGGAGCAAGGUUACAUCCAGGAGGAGGUCAUCCCAUGAAAAUGUCGAGUCAUUGCUAGGGCUCACUGCCACUGGAGUAACAUGCACCUAACUGUCAGACUCUCAUCACGGCUAGCGCUAGCGUAGGAUCUGGUGUCAAACCACAAGAAGAGGAAAUAACCUGAUCAUAAUAAUAAUCACAAAUACAAAUUCCUGUCAGGGGGAAGCCGAAAGCAUUAAGUCUUAAGACGGCAGACAACGUGGAGAAGGAUUUGAGAGUAGAAUACCUAUACCCUUACUCUUGACACUGCAAAUUCCCUAGCUGUAUCGAUUUAAUAGUAUAGUGUUUCCGUUUAAUUGUUUCAAAACUUAAAAACUAAAUAAAGAGUUAAUUGUAUUCCGUUAGCAGUAAGGGUCUGAUCUGACCGAAAGGCCCAUUUCCAAGAUGGCUAACAACUCCGCUGAUCACCCUCCGGGGAACUCCGUCGCCGAGGGCAACCAUGAGGGCGACUUUGGCUGCACGGUGAUGAAUCUUCGGGACCUGAUGGAGCUUCGCAGCGGGGAGGCCGUUGCCAAGAUCGGGGACAACUACGGGGACGUGCAGGGCCUGUGCCGCCGUCUCAAAACCUCUCCCAUCGAAGGUCUCUCGGGCAACCCAGUGGACUUGGAGAAGCGUCACGCGGCGUUCGGGAAGAACUUCAUCCCGCCGAAGAAGGCCAAGACCUUCCUGCAGCUAGUCUGGGAGGCCCUUCAAGAUGUCACCCUCAUUAUCCUGGAAGUGGCAGCCAUCAUCUCUCUGGGGCUUUCCUUCUAUCACCCACCAGGGGGUGACAGCGAGCAGUGCGGUCAGGCUGCUUCCGGGGUGGAGGACGAAGGAGAGGCGCAGGCGGGCUGGAUCGAGGGAGCAGCCAUCCUCUUCUCAGUCAUCAUCGUGGUCCUGGUGACGGCCUUCAACGACUGGAGCAAGGAGAAGCAGUUCCGCGGGCUGCAGAGCCGAAUCGAGCAGGAGCAGAAAUUCACCGUCAUACGCAAGGGCCAGGUCAUCCAGAUCCCCGUGGCCGAGCUCGUGGUGGGAGACAUCGCCCAAAUCAAAUACGGUGACCUGCUGCCUGCCGACGGCAUCCUGAUCCAGGGGAACGACCUGAAGAUCGACGAGAGCUCGCUGACCGGGGAGUCUGACCAAGUCAAGAAGUCCCUGGAGAAGGAUCCCAUGUUGCUGUCUGGUACCCACGUGAUGGAAGGUUCCGGGAGGAUGGUGGUCUCCGCAGUCGGUCUCAACUCCCAGACCGGAAUCAUCUUCACCCUGCUGGGCGCCGGUGGCGAGGAGGAGGAGAAGAAGGCGAAAAAAGGUAAAAAACAAGGAGCCCCAGAGAAUCGGAACAAAGCCAAGACCCAAGAUGGCGUCGCCCUGGAGAUCCAGCCACUCAAGAGUGAGGAAGCAGUGGAGUCGGAGGAGAAGGAGGAGAAAGAAGAGGCCAAGCCCGUCAAGAAGGUCAAUGUUACCAAGAAGGAGAAGUCGGUCCUGCAGGGCAAGCUCACCAGGCUGGCUGUGCAGAUUGGGAAAGCAGGUCUGAUUAUGUCCGCUGUGACCGUCAUCAUCCUCAUUCUGUACUUCGUCAUCGAUACUUUUGGUGUGCAGAAGCGACCCUGGCUUAAGGAAUGCACUCCCAUCUAUAUCCAGUACUUUGUGAAGUUCUUCAUCAUCGGCGUGACUGUCCUGGUGGUGGCUGUACCUGAGGGUCUUCCUCUGGCUGUUACCAUCUCCCUGGCCUACUCUGUGAAGAAAAUGAUGAAGGACAACAACCUGGUGCGGCACUUGGAUGCGUGCGAGACCAUGGGCAACGCCACUGCCAUCUGCUCCGACAAGACGGGCACGCUCACCAUGAACCGCAUGACCGUGGUGCAGGCGUACGUGGGCGACACGCACUACCGCACGGUCCCCGAACCGGACGCCCUGAAGCCCGAAACACUGGAGCUCAUGGUCAACAGCAUCGCCGUCAACUCGGCCUACACCACCAAGAUCCUGCCCCCGGAGCGAGAGGGGGGUCUGCCCCGCCACGUGGGGAACAAGACGGAGUGUUCUCUCCUGGGUCUGGUGCUGGAGCUGAAGCGGGACUACCAGCCGGUGCGGGACGAGGUUCCCGAGGAGAAGCUGUACAAGGUGUACACCUUCAACUCCUCCCGAAAGAGCAUGAGCACCGUGCUGCAGAACCCCGAUGGGUCCUUCCGCAUGUACAGCAAGGGCGCCUCCGAGAUCGUCCUGCGCAAGUGUUCCCGGAUCCUGGACGGGUCCGGGCAGGCCCGGGUGUUCCACCCCAAAGACCGGGACGAGAUGGUGCGGAAGGUGAUCGAGCCCAUGGCCUGUGAAGGACUGCGCACCAUCUGCCUGGCCAUGCGCGAGUUCCCCGCCAAGCCUGAGCCUGACUGGGACCAGGAGAGCGAGAUCCUGACUGACCUCACCUGCCUGGCCGUGGUGGGCAUCGAGGACCCUGUCCGACCGGAGGUACCGGAGGCCAUCUCAAAGUGCCAGAGGGCGGGGAUCACGGUGAGGAUGGUUACCGGCGACAACAUCAACACAGCUCGCGCCAUCGCCACCAAGUGUGGAAUUCUCCUUCCUGGGGAGGACUUCCUGUGUCUCGAGGGCAAAGAGUUCAACCGUCACAUCCGCAACGACAAGGGGGAGGUGGAGCAGGAACGUCUGGACAAGCUCUGGCCCAAACUGAGGGUGCUGGCGCGGUCUUCCCCCACCGAUAAGCACACACUGGUGAAAGGAAUCAUCGAUAGCACGGUGGGGGAAACGAGGCAGGUGGUGGCUGUGACAGGAGAUGGAACAAACGACGGACCCGCGCUCAAAAAGGCCGACGUCGGAUUCGCUAUGGGUAUUGCUGGAACAGACGUAGCCAAGGAAGCGUCUGACAUCAUCCUGACUGACGACAACUUCACCAGCAUCGUCAAGGCGGUGAUGUGGGGUCGCAACGUCUACGACAGCAUCUCCAAGUUCCUGCAGUUCCAGCUGACUGUUAACGUGGUGGCGGUCAUCGUAGCCUUCACCGGAGCCUGCAUCACCCAGGAUUCCCCCCUGAAGGCCGUACAGAUGCUGUGGGUGAACCUGAUCAUGGACACCUUGGCCUCUCUGGCUCUGGCAACCGAACCCCCGACCGAAUCCCUGCUGCUCCGCAAACCCUACGGCCGCAACAAGCCACUCAUCUCCCGCACCAUGAUGAAGAACAUCCUGGGCCACGCGGUGUACCAGCUCACCAUCAUCUUCACCCUGCUCUUCGCUGGGGAGAAGUUCUUCGACAUCGACAGCGGCCGCAACGUGCCCCUUCACUCGCCCCCCACUGAACACUACACCAUCGUCUUCAACGUCUUCGUCAUGAUGCAGCUCUUCAACGAGAUCAACGCCCGCAAGAUCCACGGCGAGAGGAACGUCUUCGAGGGCAUCUACCGCAACCCCAUCUUCUGCAGCGUGGUCCUCGGAACGUUCGCCCUGCAGAUUAUUAUUGUACAGUUUGGAGGGAAGCCGUUCUCCUGCACUGCCCUCACCAUCGACCAAUGGCUGUGGUGCAUCUUUAUUGGUGUGGGGGAGCUGCUCUGGGGACAGCUCAUCUCGGCCGUUCCCACGCACCGGCUGAAGUUCCUGAAGGAGGCCGGCCACGGGAUCACCAAGGAGGAGAUUCCGGAGGAGGAGCUGGUGGGAGGCGUGGACGAGAUCGACCACGCUGAAAUGGAGCUCCGCAGGGGCCAGAUCCUCUGGUUCCGUGGACUCAACCGCAUCCAGACUCAGAUGGACGUUGUUUAUACAUUCCAGACGGGCCAGACGGCAGUGCCCGGGGCUCUGCGUCGGCAGCCCUCCGUGGUCAGCCAGCACAACGACGCAAAAACUGUCUCUAGCCCCACCCAUAUUAAAGUGGUCAAUGCAUUCCGCAGUUCCCUUUACAAGGGGCUGGAUAAGGCAGAUUCCAGACACUGCAUCCAUAACUUCAUGUCACAUCCCGAAUUUGGCCCCAAUUCCAAGGACGAGGACGAGGACGAGGCUAGACCGAUCUCCACUAUAGAGGAGGACGACGUGGACAUCGAGACGCUCCCCACGUCCUCAAACGAAGCCCCAGCCGGGGGCACGGGGGGCGCCUCCACUUCUGGGGCUGCGGCCCCCCCCGCGAAGCCCCUCCACAGUCAGGAAACCUCCAUCUGAUGACACACACACACACACACACACACACACAGCGCCCCUCUCCUGGGCUCACGGACGCAGCCGUUCUCUCGGACCCCGGCUUGGUGUUCUGUUUGAGGUGCGCCUCCACCUCUCCCCCGAACCCCGACCCCUGACCCCUGACCUCCCUGGCUUGCACAGUAGCGUGUGUGUGCUGAAUGUACGUCGCAGCUGCAAGACACACAAUCUAACUCGUGGGCGGGGCCACAAGGAUUCAACCAUUAACCCCCGACCCCCCACAAACAGCCCCAUUGCAGAGCCAUAGCCCUUGCUAGUCUGUCUGUGUACACCAUUUUCAUUUGACCUAUUUAUUUUCUUAUAUUCAUUUCUGGUUUUUAAUCUGUUGUUUUUUUUUACACAAAUCUUACCAUCUAGAAUCGAAUUGUGCAUUUGUAUACGAUUGUGCUCACAUAUAUACAGUUGUCAUCGAUGCACACAGAACCAGAAAAAAAGUGCAUUUGUAUGUACAUGUAUAUAUUGUGUAUAUGGACUCAAUCGUAACAUUGAAUUGGCAAAAUUGUACAAAACCUUCAGCUGAAAUUGCUACAAUCUUUCUUUGACCAUAUUAUUUCCACAUAUAUAGUACAGUAAGUAUAAGUUGUGACUGGAUUUUUUUUUUUCUGAAUACGAUGUUUCAAAUUAAUCAAAUGCAUAGUAGUUAUUUCCUUUUUCAUGUUGUUUUCUCCAGAAGGUUCUUAAAAUAGUAUUUUUUUCCCCCUGGUAAUUCGUAUGCACGUUUUCAGAAGGACAUCACUUUAGAUGCUGCACUAUUCCAGUGAGUUGUUUAUACACUGAAAAGAAAAGGAAAGAGAAAAGCGUUGAAUUUCCAGACCAUGUCCAUGCCGAUGCAUCAUAGAGCGCCCCCUACCUGCAGCUAACGGUAAUGGCACAGUGGUGCAAAACCCUCCAAUGAGUGACCCAAGUGGGAGUGUCCGACCACACCUCUCAUCCAAUAAGACCAUGGCGGGGAUCUCUAGUCUCGAUCUUCAUCAGUUCCUCAAUAUUAAAUUAACGUCAGGAUGAGUAAGAAUUCCUUUUAGGUACCCUUCAGAGCAUGCAUUUACUCUUCAGAUUUCAUUUGGGAUGGGUGGGAUCGCAGUUGUAAAUAUAUUAAUUGUGCGGGAGCAUUGGUGUAUAAAAUGAGAAGGAGAACUGAGAUUUUUUUUUUCUUCUCCAAAAAUGUGCAAAAUAGAUCAAUUUCUGUACCUAAAAAGACUGAAUAAUAGGAAAUGUUUGCCUUUUAGCGCUUGAAAAUGGGCAAAUGAUUUCCCUCAUAGGCCUCAAUGGAUUAUUGAGUUUUGCUGUGUAUGUUAAACUGACAAAACAGUCCAUCAUUCCCACUUUACCACCAGUGGAUCGAUCAGGAGUUAUGAUCCAUACCCUACCUGUGUCCCAACAGCAUAGUCAUACGGCACGUCUGUGCAUGUUUAAGUGUCAAAAUAAAUUAUACCUAACAAACAAGCUAAAAAAAAAAAAGAAGUAUAUGCAACAGAAAUGAUUUGUUUGGUCCUGUAAUUGUUCCUUUAAUCAAACCUAACAGGUGUAAGAAUACCACAAACUGCCGGUUUUGCGAGUGUGGCCUGGAGGAUGUUUUUGUGUGCUUAUUACCGAUAUUGUCGUACUGCCACAUUCAAACCUUUUUCAUAUCUAGGUUAUAUAGAAUCCUCAAAUAUACUUUUUCUACUUAAUCACAGCCAUAUUUUCUAGGUUGUUUUUAUAUCCCAUUUGUUUUUAAUUUCUCUUUCUGAUGUUCCCAAAAAAAAAAACAAAUCAAAGACAACGUGUCACUGCCGACAAAAGACCGCUGUGUUGUUUACCGAAUAGAGUCCGCAUACACUCCGGAUUAACCCUCCCCACUGGUGAUAAGGUUCCUUUUGCCUCUCCCAUUUAUUCAAAUAUAAUAUAGAAAUAUGGGGAAGCUCGCAUGGUUUUCAUAUAGAAAACUAUCACAAUGUUUUGUUUUGUUUGUUCUUUUCUUUUGUUUUUUUUUACAAUUCUUAUGUAUUUUUAUAUUUAGUACUGUUUAGUAUUUUAAAUAUAUAAUAUAUCUACGCUGAAGAUCUUGGCAGCAUUAGGUAAAUGAGAGAAAUACUUGGUAGAGUAAUUUUGCAAAUAUUUAUAUUUAUGCUGCGUUUGUUAACCAUUCUUAGCCAUCCAGUACUGUGGCCUCAAACUAAAAUGACUUGUUUACCACUUAAGCCAUGCCAUUGGACGAACUCUCUGUGAGACUUCACCAACCAAUCAGUUUUACUGACCUCCCCGUAGUAUGAGCACGUAAGUCGCAGUGCUUUUUUGACUUUGUGUUGGUGUAGAAGGUGUAUUCCACAGACUCUUACUCUGUUCUGCCUGUGAGGACUUAUUGUUUUUCCUUUCCUUUUGUAAUUUGGUAGUAAGUAAUGCUUAGUGGAGUAAAUAAAAUACAUUUAAAAUACAAUGAAACAAUACUUUUAAAUAAUACAGAUUAAUUCUGAAGUAUAUUUUUUUUCUAUAUAUCUAUAUUAUAUAUUAUAUAUAUAUUUUCUAUAUUUUUCCGUUCUUACUGGUUGAAUUGACAGCAAGUUUAAUUUAUUGAGUAUGGGGAGUGGUGCUUUAGAUGACUGGUUUUUAGUUUGAGUUGAAUUGUUUAAAUAGAUGAUUCUGAUAUUGAUGAACCUGAAAAAGGACGUAGGAAAAUGUUGAUGAAGAAAGCAGAGAGGGAAGGUUCUUUAAUGCACUUUGAGGGCAGAACAGCACUGCUGCCCUCGGUGGGUGUGUCUGGGGCACACUGGGAUAGAUGCUGGAAUGCCUACAGAGCUUAUGUCCAGGGACACAUUGUACAGUGGAAACACCCCUUUCAUAAUUCUGCCAUAUAACAGUACUUUAUGGAACAAAAAUGACUCUUAUACACUCAGUAUAUUGUAAAUAAUAACGUGGGCUUAACAUUGAUUUGCAGGUUAAAAAACAAAAAAGGAAAAAAAAGUGGGCAAUCCGUUGUUAUGGAUCACCAGCAUAGCUUUAAGAAUGUUCUGCCAAAGUGUGGUGUACAAUCCUCACGUUUUGUUUUCCCCUUCUGCGCACCAUUACGUCACGUGUUCCUUUCCCAUCGUGCUGUUGCAGAUUACCAUUACGUGUGUUCUCCCUGCCCAUUACGCCGCUGCAGAGACGACCGCCGCACCUGUGCUUGCUUUGCUCCAUUUCACCGGACCGCGUGUUUGGCAAACCGGAAUCGCAAUCUCAAUCGCAAACUGUUGCCGAAAGAACCCCUUUUCCUAUUUAAAUGGCCUUCAUUGUGCUGCUGUGAUCUGUUGUGACUGGAUUGCCCUUGCGUAUCUUUUGAUAGUGUACUGAUACUGUAUGUGUAAGAUGCACCUGCUUUUUUAGGGCCUUUCUCGUUUUUCUCUUUUAUUUUGCUUUGGUUUGUAGCCUCCCACCCGCACCCCCCCCCCCCCCCCCACCCCACCCCCCUUGGCAUGGCUAUACAAUGAAAACAAAAUAGCGACUGGAAUUUGUAACUUACAGAACAUGGGGAAAAACGGCACAACCAAAAAAUAGUCAUUAUUUGCUUCCUUGGUGCCCCCGACAACACGAUCAGAUCUAUGAUACCAUAAAAACUUACUGCACACUCAACUGUUCUGUGUAUAUUGUAUACAGAUUACAAACGAGAUUACUUGCAUGUGCAAUAGGUUUCAAAUAAUGAAAACAGAUCCACAGCUGAAUUUUAUGUUGGUGCAUUGUUACUCUACUGAUUUUCUAAAGACCUUUUCUUGGGUGAUGGGGUUAUGCUGGGGAAUUAUGCGCCACCGUUGUAAAUACAAAAGAAGUUUUGAAACUGGAAUGUCCCAAGGUUUAAAAAUCAUAAACCCCUUAUUUUACAUAUAUUUACUCUAACCGGUGGGUGUGAAGUUCACCCUGUGUUGAGUACAUUGUAAAUGGCUGGAUCUGCAAAAAAAAGAAAAGAAAAAAAAAAAAAAGGAACACUGAAAAUGAGACGAUUUCAGUCAUUCAUAUGAUAUAAUAAGCACUGGUGUUAUUUUUGUAUAAACAUUAUAUCAUCUAUGUGGCAUGCAUGACUUAUAAUCAAUUUGGUGGUUCAAAGCAAUAUGUACACCUGGUGCGAUUGGUAUUUAUGUGUCCUGUGUAGCCCAAGCCAUGCUGUGCUUACGAAAAUGCAUUUGGAAAAAAAAAAAACAAACAAAAAAAACGACUAACUGUUCAGUAUAUGUGUUCAAUGUUCUGCAUGUUUAAGUAUGGAAUGAGACAUCCCAAAUGUUUACUUGCUUCCAAGAUUCCCAACAUGCAUUAAUGCAUGCACACACACACACACAGUACACACACAAAAACACAAGCAUACACAUACACACACACACAUAAACACAAACACACACACACACACACACACACACACAAACACACACACAAACACACAUUUACAAUACAAAGUAUACACAUAUGCAAUUUUUUGCAUCCGACACACCAAUAGCAGAGAGCCAUUUCCUGUUCAGGAGAAACACACACUGAUAGGAUGCUGUUCUGGAGGGGGUCCAAAGUAAUAAAGUCAGAGGGAGAAUGUGUUUUGGGAACUCUGUUUUUUGUUUCAUUUUUCUUUUACAUGAUAAUUAAUUGUAUUAAAUACAAUGGCUUGUUAGUCCGGGAGUAGAAUAACAUGUCUUUGGAUGUUCUGUGUUUCUGAAAACAGCUAAUUAUUCUCUUUCACUGCUGCCCUAAAUGUUAACAAGUUGGGCUUCUGUAUAGUAUAUGCCGUGUGUGUGUGUGCAUGUGAGUGUGCGUGUGAGUGAGUGUGUGUGUGUGUGUGUGCGUGCGUGUGUGCGUGCGUGCGUGUGUGCGUGCAUGCUCAUGCAUGUCUGUGUCUGCGUAAUGUAAUUUUAGAAAGAAGCUUUGUAUCUUUUUUAUGUUUCGAGAAUCCGUGUAACUUGGGAAGAAGAUAUCACUCUCAUUAUUCUGCUUCUAACACCGCUACAUGUUUAGUGUUUGAUUCAUAAUUGGACUGUCUACAAAAUACAAGAAAAAGGCUGUCUCUGUCUCAAAUGGCGAUCUGCAUGCACCGUUAAAGUAGUUCUUCUUACUCUAUCCCACCGCCACGUUUCCGAACCUGAUAAACACACGCAACAUCAUGAUUUUGUCUUGCAGGUUGGCUUAUUGACCAAUAGUGCAGGUCAUUUAUGCGCAUAAUGAACGUUUACAGAGCCUUUAACAACAGAAGGGUCGCCUCUACACCACUGACUGAUUUUCUGAAGGAAGAUCUUGAGAUUCUGGCAGGAGUUAGUUCACUGGCAGAGCAUGUAAUUCAAUUUGAAAUGCUCCUCGUCACCAUUUGAGUCCCCUUAAUUAUGGAACGUAGAAAUAAUUAGCUGCAUGAUUAACAGAGAAAUGCCUGACUGUUUCUCCCAUCUUUCACCACUGCUGCGGAGGAUAAUGAAUUGUGAAGGUAUGCAUUAAUUGACCAGCCAUCGCAUGCUAGCGAGUACACGGACUCAUUCAACUGAUUUAUUCCCUCUGCCCUUUUACAACAGGGGGUAUUUUCGUGAAAGAUGCUUACGCCAGUGAAUGCCAGUGCACAUGCAAGCUUGGGAGUCAUUGAGUAGAAACCCCCCCCCCGAAACACACAUACACCCACACACACACACACACACUCUCUCUCUCUUUCUCACACACACACACACACACACACACACACACUCUUUUACAUACAUACACACAUUCUCUCUUACACUCUCUUUUAUACACACACACACACUCAAAACUGAAGCCAAAGAGAGGUCUUCACAUGAGAGAAUUGGGUUGGAUUGAACAUGGAAAACUAAUUUUGGCAAAAUGUAUUUCUCCGCCUGAGUUGUUGAAUUUGAGAUUGGGUUUGACUCGUGAUUCAGGCUCCCUUGUGUAAUUUGCACCUUGUAAUUGUGAGGUGUGCAUCACGCGCACAGGUGUUCACUUUUACGGCUGCAACUACCUCCCAAACACAUGCGUAAAACCCCAGUGUUGAAACGUAAUGCAAACGUUAUGUGAAGGUUAGGUGGGCGACUGCCUGUGGGUUCAUCUUGUGUAGUCCUGCGAGAGUUUCAUACUCAGCACCAGCACUGAAGUGAAAGAUUUACAUCUGUUCCUUUUAAAGUUGGUUUACAAUAGUUUAUCACUGCCAGAUUACAUCAUCAGAAUCACAGAUUUGUUUGUACCACCGCAGGUACAUGAAGGCAACGUGGAAUAUCAGCUCAAACUCAUGAUGGCCAUGUCGUGUGUUUGGAAAGCCAUUUCGUAUGUUUCUGUGAUAACUGAUAAUGAAUGUUUGCUUAAAGAGGCUGAAGGCUUAAAUCCUAUCUAUGUUGUGAAUAUUAAUGGGUACAAAAGCCUGAUUAGAUAUGGGUAGGGCAGAGGUCAUCAUUAGGCUGUUGGCCGUUUGACAGGCCACCCAGAAACCACAGGAAGUGUGCUUAUGAGUAUGCUUCAUGACCUUAGAGCUGAGCGAAUCACUGGUGCCUUCAGAACCAUACCACCCUGUUUACACUCUGCUGCUCUACACAGGAGAACCACCAGGCAGUUUGGACUCACAUUUACGCAGCUUUCCUGCUUUUUCAUACUCGUUUGUUGUUUUUAGGAGUCUAUUCAAGCGUGAAGAAUUGGUGUCUUCCAAUUCUCGGGUGGUGAAAUGAAAUCACAUUGCCUAGUUUUUCCUCACUAGUUUUCUUUUGAGAAGUUGAUGUGCAGAGCAGAGUGCUAUGUUCUGCGGUGAGCAUGUGGACACUGGGCCUGGAAGAGAAGAGGUGUAUUUCUGAAAUGCAUGUUAAAGUUCUGGAAAGCGGCCGUGCCUCCCAACUCCUACAUCAUGACAUUCAGUUGCAAAUUACAAGAGAAACCCCAUCAGUAAUCAGUGCUGCAGGAAAGCUAAAAGAGGCGGUGUGUGUUGUGUUCAUGGACACUGAAAGGCUAAGCUUUCUUCAUUAGGGAACAGACAUUCAGCGCCUCAGGCGCGCGUUAUUAAAUGCCUUUGGUCAACACUUGAGCGCUUAUUUACGUGCUGUUGGGGAUGAAACACGAGCGUAUAAUUCGCAACUCCGUAACUCUUCCUGUCCCAGAUUCCUUUUGUUUACAGUCCUGGACCAUCUGCCAAGACUUACACAGAUUACCGCGGAUCUGCAUUAGAUGUUAGAUGUGGUGUUCAAAGGCUGUGGGAAUGAUCGAUGGGGCUAGGCGAGCAUGCCGGCGCGAUCACAAGCUGGUGUCUGCCGUUUUUACAGAACGGUUUAAAAAUGUUCAUUUUUUACUCUGUAAAGGAAGAAUGGAUUUGAAGAAUGUUUCAGAAACUCUGCUCAUUCAGAUCAAGCUGUGUGUUCAAUUAGCCUGCAGUUAGUUCCUCUUCAGACUGUAAGAUGAUAUCAGUCUCAGCUUUUAUUUUUUUGCAUGCAUCCAAGCUUGAAUUUAGCUUUGGGAUUUUCUAACAUCAGAAGUGAGUUUAGUCAGAACAGCUGUUUCCCACACAUCACAGGUCCUGUUUCAGUUCCUGAUCCAGUGAGGAUAGGGAGAAAGGAAUAGUCAUUACUGUUUCAUUAAAAGAAAUGUCGUAUUUGCAUUAAAGUUCUCUUUAUCUGUUGUCAUAUCACUGGUCUGAGUACACAAGUAGCAUACUAAUUAACAUUUAUACCAUUUACAGCAGGCGACAAACUAUGCUAUUAAGGAGUUUGGACUGGAUUAAACUUCAUAAUAUGACAGUAGAUGCUUCCCUGUUUUAUAACUCAAUAAUGCAUUCUCCAAAGCUUUGGAUAUCCACAACAUGAGACAUAUUCAAAAGAAACAGAGUCCAAGAACAGUUUCCCUGUGGGGAUAUAUAAUAUAUAUAUAUAUAAAGUAUAUUUAUCAUAAUUGGAUAAUAUAACUAUUUACUGAUCAAAGUGGUAUUGAACAGAUGUGAUAGCACCAAGUAUUUAAACUUAAAUGAGAAACAUUCCCUAGACAGUCUCUAGCAGUACUGAAGUACAUGGCAUGUAUUUGAUUGGAAAAUAAGUGGGGAAGUCCUUACUAAAAGCGUAACUGUUUUUGCAUGUAUUGCUUCUGUGUGUGUGUGUGUGUGUGUGUGUGUGUGUGUGUGUGUGUGUGUGUGUGUGUGUGUGUGUGUGUGUGUGUGUGUGUGUGUGUGUGUGUGUGUGUGUGUGUGUGUGUGUGUGUGUGUGGUUAAGGGUACAAUAGUACUCUUAAGUUGUAUAUUGGAGUGCAGUAUGCUACAAUAUGACAGUUGUGCACACUUGUGAAUAGAUUUAAAGCAGCAUCUGUAAUCAGUGUGUGUAUCAACUGAACCUGAUAUAUCCCAAUUAUUCAUUUGCUCCAAGAUCUUGUAAAUACUGUUCGUCGCCAUGCCAAAAUGCCACUCCUGUUUGCUUUGAACUAUGCAACAGUUUAUUGGAUUUUUAAAAAAACAAUUAUUGCUUAUUUAUUUUCAUGGUUCUCCACCUAUUGCUCAAACUCUUUCUCCCUCUCUCUGUCUUUGUGUGCUUGUCUUUCUCUGUCUCAGUGGAUGCAGUCAUUCCCAUUCUCCAUGUCUUUAUACUAACUAAACACAAGCAUAACAUGUAUGUAUGUGUGUGUGCAUAUGCACAGUAUGCACACUUUAUAUUUUUUUCUUUACUCUUUUGUAAUAUAUGACCAUGUGGAAUGCCUUGUUCUUUAUGUCCUGUCCUUUGAAUUUAAACAGAAGAAAAAAAUGCUAAUUCACAAGGAAUUGAGGUGAGUUAUUAUACAUAAAUCUAUAUAAAUAAAAUAAAGCCAUUGGGAUUUGAAAUACA